GCUAACAAACAUAAAUUACAAGAAUCUUCAAACAAUAUUAACCCUUAAUCACGCACCAUACUCCAAUUUUGAUGAAUAACAUGGAAAGAGAGAUUCAAAAAUUCUUUAGUGACCGAAGCCCGUUGAGACACGAGGAAUUUCACUCUUAUUCCAUAAAGAUUCCCAACACUCAUUUUUACCCUCAAAGAUGACCUAAUUAUCCUUCCAUACUACCCUUCUUUUACGUUGACUAAAGAUAAAGUUGAUGGGUUUGAUAUCAAUGAAGUUUGUUACGGAUUGGAGGACUUCUUUUGCAAAAGUGGGGCAGGUAGACGAGAUCGGUAGUGAUGAUUAUGAAUACGCAGAGGAUGACUCUGGAAUGGCUGAAACUCUGAUUGAGGCUGGAACUUGGGAGGAGAAGAAUUUAAACAAAUGGGCGAGUGACAGAAUUAAGGAGUUGCUUCAAUCUGUGGAUUCCUUGGAGUUUUCGGGUGGCAGAGCUGAUAUUACAGAAGUAUCGAAAUGUGUGGGCGAUGCAUUCUUGGUGACUGUACGGAAAAAGAAAUGUGUUGGCUACACUUAUGAGCUGACACUGAGAGUCAAAGGGGAAUGGUUUAUUGGUGAGGAGAAAAAGAAAAUCAAGGGCUAUAUAGAUCUGCCAGAGUUCUCGUUUGGGGAACUGGAUGACUUGCAGAUUGAUGUAAGACUUGGUGAAGAGAAGGAUCUUCUGCAUCAAGAUAAGCUGCGAAUCAGCAAGGAUUUGAAGCUGUUUUUGCAGCCUCUGUGUGAAAAAUUGCGUCAAUUCGAACAGGAACUCAAAGAGAGGUAG